CAGGAUUCAUUUCUGAUGUGCUUUUGAAAGAAGAACAGAAUCCAUUGCACGCUGCAUUUUGGAAAACUCUCCUUCUCAUGUAUUUUGCAAACUAACAGAAUUAAGUAGAAAUUCAUCAUGGGAGGAGCUGUGAGUGCUGGAGAAGACAACGAUGACUUAAUUGAUAACUUGAAAGAAGCUCAGUAUAUUCGCACUGAGAGUGUGGAACAAGCCUUCAGAGCAAUCGAUCGUGGUGAUUAUUAUCUGGAAGGAUACAGGGACAAUGCUUAUAAAGACUUGGCCUGGAAGCAUGGAAAUAUACACUUGUCAGCCCCCUGCAUUUAUUCUGAAGUCAUGGAAGCACUGAAGCUUCAGCCUGGAUUAUCUUUUCUAAAUCUGGGUAGUGGAACCGGAUAUUUGAGUACGAUGGUGGGAUUAAUAUUAGGACCUUUUGGGAUAAAUCAUGGAAUAGAGCUUCAUUCAGAUGUGGUAGAAUAUGCCAAGGAAAAAUUGGAGAGCUUCAUAAAGUAUAGUGAUAGCUUUGAUAAAUUUGAGUUCUGUGAGCCUGCCUUUGUGGUUGGUAAUUGUUUGGAAAUAGCCUCAGACAGUCAUCAGUAUGACCGGAUUUACUGUGGAGCUGGAGUCCAGAAAGACCAUGAAAACUACAUGAAAAUUUUAUUGAAAGUUGGAGGCAUUUUAGUAAUGCCUAUAGAAGAUCAGCUUACACAAAUCUUGAGAACAGGACAGAACACGUGGGAAAGUAAAAAUAUCCUUGCUGUUUCAUUUGCUCCGCUAGUGCAACCCAACAGAAAUGACAAUGGCAAACAUGACACUGUGGGACUGCCUCCAUGCGCUGUUAGAAAUCUCCAGGACCUAGCUAGGAUCUAUAUCAGACGCACCCUUAGAAACUUCAUAAAUGAGGAAAUGAAAACCAAGGGUAUUACUCAGAAGGCUCCUCCAAAACGAAAGCGCAGGAGAUGUCGUAGACGGAGGAUUAACACCUAUGUAUUUGUUGGUAAUCAGCUCAUUCCUCAGCCUCUAGAUAGCGAAGAAGAUGAAAAGAUGGAAGAUGAUAACAAAGAGGAAGAAGAUAAAGAUCACAGUGAGGCCUUGAAGCCAGAAGAGCCUCCUCGAAAUCUGCUGAGAGAGAAAAUUAUGAGUCUACCAUUACCCGAAUCUUUAAAAGCAUACUUGACCUAUUACAGAGAGAAAUAACUUGUUUUAAGUAGAAAUAAUGCCUACUGAUAAUUCCUUUAUUCUUGAAAAUGUAGCAUUUAUUAGGAAAUAGAUGGACAAAUUGUUAUUAGUCUUUCAUCAAGACUGAAGUACAGUGAUAAAUUGUAACUUAUCUCUAUCUUGUCUUUGCUACAAGGUAGACUUGCAUUCAGUAGUAGAAUCCCUUUUUAAAAAUCUAUUUUUCUUUAAAUUUUGAAAACGCUGUUUUAACUCUGAUAGAAAUAUAUAUUCCAUUAUUCAGCACUAAUCAAUAUUUUGCAUGGUAAGUCUUUUUGAUCCAGGAGAGAUUUGUAUUGAUAAAAGGGUGAGUGAAAUUUUAUAUAUGCUAAAUAAUUGUAAAACCCGCGCAUCUGACUUGAGCAAUUUGUCUGUAUUUAUUCUUAGGGGAACACUUUAAACAUGCAGACGCUUAUCUUCAGAUGUCAGAAUCAAACCCUUUUCAAAGUUUAUUUUACUAUGGCUUUGUUGCAAUCAUUAUUACUAUGUUGGUAUAGGUGUAUUCCGAC